AUGGCCAGAAAAGCUUUUGAGGAAAAGGAUUUUGUGGAGCUAUUGAAAAAGAUUAAUCCAUCUUCUACCUGUGAAUUAGUUGGAUAUCGAGCUGUGACAGUGAAAUCUAGGAUCAUUGAGAUGGGAAACUGUUGCUUCAGAAACAGACAACAAUUGCUUGAAAGUCUUGGUGCCAACCGUCACGAUUAUGAUGAAAUCCAAGAAAGAACACGUCUGGACAAUUAUUCUGUAGUGGCUGCUAUAGACUUUGGUACAACAUACAGCGGGUAUGCCUAUGCAAUGAACAGUACAGAACUCAAAAUACAAAUACCAUUGUGGUCUGGCAGUGACACAAUGACAAACAGAGCACCUACAGCAGUUUUGUUUGGACCAGAUCGUUCAUUCCUCAAGUUUGGAAACGAGGCCAUAGCGUACAUGCAAGAUAACCCAAAUAAAGAAGAUCUCGAAAAGUUUUAUUUCUUUCAAGACUUCAAAAUGCUUCUGUAUCAAACAGAGGAUUUAUCAUUGCAAACAAAUAUUCCAGAUAGUACGGGUCGAAAAUGUCUAUCUGCUAUCGUAGUUUUCUCCAGUGUAAUUGAAUUCUUCUCAAAAGAUCUGAUUUCAAAAAUGGCCUACCAUUUUGGUGCACAAUCAUUUAAGAAUAGUGAAAUAUUUUGGGUGUUAACUGUACCAGCCAUUUGGAGUCUAAGAGCCAAAUACUUUAUGCGAGAGGCUGCUGCAAAGGCUGGUAUUCCCGUCAGUCAAUUGUCAAUAGCACUAGAAGCAGAAGCAGCCAGUGUGUUAUGUCGCAAAACUGAUGUGUUCGUUUCAUCAAAUGACGGAAUUGGAGGUUUAAGGAAAAGUCUAUGUUCCAUCCCAGACAAUUCAACAUAUCUAGUUGUAGAUAUGGGAGGUGGUACAGUAGACAUAACUCUGCAUCAGGUCCUUCAAGGAGGAGGACUUCGUGAACUUUACAAAGCCAGCGGUGGAGACUAUGGAGGAAACCAGGUCAAUAAAAGAUAUCUGGAAUUUCUUGAGAAGUUAUUUGGAAAAGAUGUUUUAGAUAUGGUAAAAGAAAAACAUCCAUCGAGUUGGGUUGAAAUUCUUAAUAAUUUUGAACGCAAAAAGAAAGCCACUCCAAAUCUUGAUGACAAAGAUAAGGUUGUUAUCGGUUUUCCUAUUUCAUUUGUUGAACAAUACAAGACAUUGAAGGAUCAUGACUUUCAGGAAAGAAUAAAACCUCUCUGCUAUGGAGAGGACGUUGAAAUCAAAAAAGAUAAAUUGUACAUGAAAGGGAAAGUUUUUAAGUCCUUUUUCGAAGUAUCUCUAGGGAAAAUCAAAAAAUGUAUUGAAACAAUUUUAGAACAUGGAGGCAGUACAGAUACAAUACUGUUUGUUGGAGGAUUUGCCGAAUCACCCUAUCUUAUCCAUAUGCUCAGGACGCAUUUCAGUAAAUCAAAGAUCCUUGUGCCAGAGGACCCAUCUCUCGCUGUCUUGAAAGGAGCUGUGUGGUUCGGAUUCUAUCCAACAAUAAUUCGAUCAAGAAUUUGUCAAUACACUUACGGCUUCGCCAAACAAAGACCGUUUAUUGAUGGCAAAGAUAAUAUUGAAAAGAGAAGAAAAUACGGUAAUCGAUUUUACAUAGAUGAUGUCUUUGAUAAACAUGUCGAAAUAGGGGAGAUGCUAGAAAUCGGAAAAUUUCAAAAACCUAAAGAGUAUCAUCCACUAAAACAAGACCAAGUUGUAAUAAUGCUAGAGCUUUAUGCUUCCACGGAUAAAGAUCCAGACUAUGUCUGCGACCCAACAUGCCACUUAGUUGGUGUAAUGGAGAUUGAAGUGAAACCAAGAAAUCCUGGAGAGGAUGGUACGGUAUCAGUUCGCGUCAACUUUAGUGGAACAGAACUUGAGAUAGAAGCACGUGAAAAGAGGACUGGAAAUAUUACCCGAGCAACGGCCAAUUUCUUUGGAUAG